CUGCACAAUAGUGGAAUAGGCACGCACCUUUUCAUCUUCACCAUCUUCCUUCUCAUUCUAACGGGAACACACAACGACAGGGGACACAUUGGACACACUGCAGCAGCACUGUAACGGCUUGAACUAGUUGACCCAUAUAUAUUCAUCAAUACAUAAGCAUACCAGUCAGAUCCGCUCAUUUCGUAGCUCAUAUACAUCAUGGUCAACCUUACGCUAUACACAGUCAAAGCCGUUAUUAUGCUUGAUAGCGAGGGAGGACGCGUGCUCGCAAAGUACUUUGGCCCUGACUACGCCUCUGCGAAGGACCAGAAGGCCUUCGAGAAAGGUCUUUACGACAAGACCAAACGGGCACCUCAUGGCGAGAUUCUCUUGUUUGACAAUCAGGUUGUACUUUACCGCUUCCAUGAGGACGUGUUCUUUUAUAUUGUCGGCAUGCCUGAAGAGAACGAAGCAAUGCUUUUAGUUAUCCUUAAUGCCUUCUCCGAUGCUGUCUCGAUGUUGCUAAGACAUCAAAUUUCAAAGAGAGUAAUUCUGGAAAAUCUGGACCUUGUUGUCCUGGCAUUGGACGAGACGAUUGACGAAGGUAUUGUUCUGGAGACGGAUCCAUCAGCAAUUGUGGCCAGAGUCUCAAAACCAAGAGAGAACCUGUCUGAUGUUCCAUUGUCAGAGCAGACUUUGAUCCAGGCGUAUCAGACAGCGAAGGAGAAGUUUGGAACAGCAUUGUUAAAAUAGAUAACGCUUUAAUAGGGAAUAACAUAGGAUGUAUCUCCCCCAACUUGAAUAAAAAAAAUGUAAAGAGAGGUCUUUAGGAUGAAAAGAC